AUGGAAGUAGUGCUGGACUGGUCCAAAUUAUCUGAGGAGCUUGUUUCAGAGCCAGAUAAUUUUCAAAAAUGGGAACAGCUAAUUCAGCUAGCUGAAAGGGGCAGUUCUUCCUCAUCCUCCAUAUCUAACUGGAGAAAAGAAAAGAAUAUCAAUAAACUCUUUUCUGAGGGAGAUCUUGAAAUCAUGAGACUAACCUAUGGAUCUCUCCUAUCAAGAUUUCCACUCCUCCAUCAAUAUUGGUUGAAUUUUGCAGAAUGGGAAUUCAGGCUUGGAAACACUGUGAGAGCCAAUGAUAUCUACCUAGAAGCCAUAUCCCAACUCCCAUACAGCAUCGAAGUCUGGACAUCUUACGUGAGAUUUAAAGUAGUAACCACCGUAGAUAAUUUAGAAGAUGUGAUCCGUACGUUCGAGAAGGGCCGCGAAUGUAUAGGGUUGCACUUUUAUGCUCACGAGUUUUAUGAGUUGUACUUAUCGUUUUUAAGGGAACAUAGUAGCAGUGACAAAGAUAUGGCUCAGAAGUAUUACGUUCUUCUUCGUAUUGUAAUUGAGAUACCUAUGUACCACUUCGGUAAAUUUUUCAAUCAGUUCAUCAAUAUAAUAGAGAAAAGCGAUGAGGUAGCACAGUUCAUUCCAAGGAGAGAGCGGCACGAUUUAAAAUUAGUAGGAAGUGGCAAAAAUGUAACGAGUAAGUUGAAGAAGAUAUUCACGGACUCUUACAUUACCACUCAACAUAAAGUAUACCAACUUUACCAGUAUGAAAAGAAUAUAAACAGACCAUAUUUCCAUGUAACUUACUUGCUGGAGUCUGAAUUGACAAAUUGGGAUCAAUACUUGGACUUCUUGGAAAUCAACCAUUUCCCUCUAGAAUUGAUCAAACUAACAUAUGAAAGAUGCCUCGUAGCUACUGCAUUAUAUCCCAAAUUUUGGAUACGGUACGCCAAUUAUUUCAUAGCCAAUGGAAAGAAAAUUGAAAACGCAAAGCAAAUCCUCGUAAGAGGAAUUUCUUGUGUGCAACAAACUGAUUAUUUAUUGAAGUUGAAGCUAUGUGAUUUGGAGAUAUUCCAAGGUCAGUUUAUCAAGGCGAGAGAUAUCGUUUUAACAAAUUUGAGGUUACAACCGACUUCGAUACCGCACAUGACUAAGUUGGUUCAAAUUGAAAGGUUGAUGAACCCUGGAGAUGACGAGUACUUAUUACAAUUAAUUGAAAAAUUGACACUAUUGGAUGGAGGAGACUUAUUAAUUAGAGAAGUCUUGUUGUAUGACAUAGAUUUGUCCAGUCUGGACAAAGUCGUUAAUUUUUUCAAGAGACUACAGGACAAUUUCGCAAGUUCUUUCAACUAUUGGGAUACGUACAUGGAAUAUAAUACACUUGCAAAAUGUGAGGAUGCUGACAAAAUACUUGACCAGGCGAAAAGGGCUCUAGAUGAUCUGCUUGGUGAAAGAUUUCUCAAGAAAUGGUCCAAGAAGGGUACUAAGGAAGUUGAAUUCAGUAGAAUAUAUGAAGAAAGCUUGCAAGCUUUCGAAUAA